AUGGUCGCCUUCCCGUCUCGCCGCCUCCCCGUCUCGCCGCCUCCCCGUCUCGCCGCCUCCCCGUCUCGCCGCCUCCCCGUCUCGCCGCCCCCACGUAUCGUCGCCAACCACGUAUCGUCGCCACCACGUAUCGUCGCCUCCACGUAUCGCCGCCUCCACGUCUCGCCGCCCCCACGUAUCGUCGCCAACCACGUAUCGUCGCCACCACGUAUCGUCGCCUCCACGUAUCGCCGCCUCCACGUCUCGCCGCCUCCACGUCUCGCCGUCUCCACGUCUCGCCGUCUCCAUGUCUCGCCGUCUCCACGUAUCGCCGCCUCCCCGUCUCGCCGCCUCCUCGUAUCGCCGCCUCCCCGUCUCGCCGCCUCCACGUAUCGCCGCCCCCACGUAUCGCCGCCCCCACGUAUCGCCGCCCCCACGUAUCGCCGCCCCCACAUAUCGUCGCCUCCACAUAUCGCCGCCUGCCCGUCUCGCCGCCCCCACGUAUCGUCGCCCCCACGUAUAGCCGCCCCCACGUAUCGCCGCCCCCACGUAUCGUCGCCUCCACGUAUCGCCGCCUGCCCGUCUCGCCGCCUCCACGUAUCGCCGCCUAAACGUAUCGCCGCCCCCACGUAUCGUCGCCAACCACGUAUCGUCGCCAACCACGUAUCGUCGCCUCCACGUAUCGUCGCCUCCACAUAUCGCCGCCUCCACGUAUCGCCGCCUCCACGUCUCGCCGCCUCCCCGUCUCGCCGCCCCCACGUAUUGUCGCCAACCACGUAUCUUCGCUCCCACGUAUCGUCGCCUCCACAUCUCGCCGCCUCCACGUCUCGCCGCCUCCACGUCUCGCCGUCUCCACGUAUCGCCGCCUCCCCGUCUCGCCGCCUCCCCGUCUCGCCGCCUCCACGUAUCGCCGCCUCCACGUAUCGCCGCCCCCACGGAUCGUCGCCAACCAUGUAUCGUCGCCUCCACGUAUCGCCGCCUCCACGUAUCGCCGCCUCCACGUAUCGCCGCCUCCACGUAUCGCCGCCUCCACGUCUCGCCGCCUCCACGUCUCGCCGUCUCCACGUCUCGCCGUCUCCACGUCUCGCCGUCUCCACGCAUCGCCGCCUCCCCGUCUCGCCGCCUCCCCGUCUCGCCGCCUCCACGUAUCGUCGCCAACCACGUAUCGUCGCCAACCACCUUUUCUUUACCUUUGUGAAGAUCACGAGAUAUAAUGAUGUACAGGAAGAUGUGAAGGAUGUUUAUUGA